CGCGUGGAACCCAUCUAUACCAAUAUCAAUAUGACAGUUUAACCCGGUUUAACCUCGAUUUUUGCGGUUUUCGCACCGGAACGUCUUCGUGGUUAUGAAAUGGCCGAUUUGUAGUCACCUGUGGAACUUUAAUGAAUAUAUUUACUUUUAACCGCAACCUUCCAUUUCUAUCCCGGCUAUUUCUCUUUAAUCUUUCUGCCGCGUUUCCUGCUGUACCUAACCUAGGAAUGUCUGCUCCAUACAAUGGCAGUCGUAGCAACGGUUGGCAGCGAGGUGCGGGAUACGCUGCGUCUCAUAACAGAAGAGGCGGCCCACCUCUGGAAAGAAUGGCCCCUUCCUACCAUUUCGCUAGUGUCUCUCCGGAACUCAUCAGAAGGCUUAAGAACGCAUGGGCAUUAUUGAAAAAGAGUGACAAUGUGAAGCAGAUUUUGUUUUCUGUCUUGGAAACAUCAGACAACCCUUAUGCUGUAGCGCUUCAAAUUAUUUCCGAGUGUGAAGACCUUUUUCAUGGCAAGGCCAAUACACUGGCUGCUUACAUAAUUGAGGAAUUCUGUGGCUGGGCCAAAUCACGAGAGCAGCAAAUCCAGCACAAUUUGACACCAGAGCUAAAAUAUGAUGCUUUCUGUUUUAUUACUAUGCAAAGAAAUAGUUCCCUCACCAAAUUAAUUCUAGCAACCUUCCGGAUGGAAGAUGACAAGGCCUUAUUUGUAGAAAAAAUACAGCAUUUUAUUUAUGCGAAGAAAUAUAAAGAGGCUUGCCAAUGUGCUGUGGCUCUGAACAUGAUUGAUCAAUAUCCCAUAGAACAUAUAAUUCUGCCUCUUGUUUUACAAGACAAAAUCUCCAUCGCUGAAGAGGCCUUAGCGACAAAUUUACACCUGCAGGUGCAACUUGUUACCCGUCUGGAUAUGCUUGUUGGAGAUCGUUGUCUCCGUAACACUGUUGAACAUCUUGUCCACCAAUUGGAAGUUCCGGAUGUGAAAUUGGAUCGGUUUACAAACUACAAACCUCUUGGAAAGUUAGUCGCCAAAUUAGUCAAGACAUUCAACCUUCCUUCUGAUUGUACUCCCAAUUUGAACCAGAAAAGAAGUGCUGGAGCUCUUAACUUUAUCUUUGGGAAGAGAUUCUACGAUAAAACAUUAAGCCUGGACAGCUGGAAAGAGAUGGCGUAUGAUGCUGUAAAAGAUUCCAAGGACCUUCAGAUUGAGUUGGUUGUGAUGCUCAAUAAUUAUAAUGAAGUAGAAGAGGCUUUCUAUUGGGCCAUGGAAUUUAAUAUACCCCAACACAAGUGGCCCUAUAAUGUCAAAGAGCAUUUAAAACAGAAUCCCUUUGCAAGACACGAAUUUCCAAGGCCAAAUUCCCCGGAAGAGCAGCAGCAAGAAGACUGGAAUGAUAGCAAUCAGUUUCAUUCCUUAUCUCUGCCAGACUCUGCAAUUGUGAUGGUGGAUUCAGAGGAGUCACUUAGAGAAUGUCUGCUCUUCAUUAAUAAUCAUGAGUGUAAAAUUGUUGGCAUUGACUCAGAAUGGAAACCAGCUUUUGGAGCACAGCAAAAUGAACUCUCUCUAAUUCAGCUCGCAACAUGGGAUCGAAUUUUCAUUUUGGAUGUAAUUGGAAUGUUAUGCCUUCCUCCUGAGGUGUGGAUGGAGGCGUGUAGUUUAUUCUUUGAAAACCCUUCAAUUCUGAAGCUGGGAUUCAGUAUGGGCACGGACUUGGCAAUGAUUAGAUCAGCAAUUGCUCCUCUUGCAAAUUUGAAACGUACUGGUUCAGGGUAUUUGGACUUGUCGCAGUUGUGGCGCUGUCUACAAAACAAAGGAAUGACUUUCCCAUAUCCUGAUAAAUCAAAUUCUGGUGGUGAAAGCUUGUCAAAGCUUGUAUCUUUAUGUUUUGGCCGAUGCCUUGAUAAGUCAGAUCAGUUUUCCAACUGGGAACAGCGACCUCUGAGAACUGGCCAAAGGCGCUAUGCUGCUUUAGAUGCUUUCUGCUUGCUAGAGCUAUACAGAGACAUGAAGAAACUAGCCAAUGAACAGGGUCUCCCGUUCCUAGAGAUUUGUGAUGAAAUUAUCAUGGAAUUCAGAUCGCCGAAGAAAAAUUAUGCUUCUUCAGGAAGGGGGCGUGGAAGAGGAAGGCGCCCCCCUGGUGGCAAACCCAACCCUGGCCAAGGGCCCAGCCAAGGUCAGGAAGAAGGGUUAGAUGGCUUGGAGAUUCGAGGCGUUUCUACUCUGAAGUUUGUGGCAGAUGUGAUGCUCUGUGGACUAGGCCGGCAACUGCGUCGGUGUGGUAUUGACUGCUUAAUUUUGGAAGCAGCAAUCAGAAAGAAGCAAAGUGAGGAAGCAAAUACUAUUCUUGAAAAUAUUACAAAAGAGGAGAGGAUCGUCCUGUCUCAAGGCAGCAAUGUUGAUUGGUUUGAGAGUCAUCUGUGCCCUGAAUCGGUUUACUGUGUUGAGUCAUCCGCUGCCAGCGAUCAACUUCAGGAAGUGCUUGAUCACUUUGGCAUUAUAGUUUUUGAUACUGACAUAUUUUCCCGUUGUCAGGUUUGCAACAGCAAUGAUUUUGAUAGAGUUAGACAGGAUACUAUGGUCCGUGUUGCAAGGCUGCCUCCUCUAGGAAUGGAGGACCCUUGUUCCAGGGGGGUAACAACAGCAACAGCUUCAACUGCUAGUUAUUCUGCAGAUUCCAAGUUGAAAAACGAAAAUAAAGAAAAGGGAGAGUUGCCUGAACCAAGGCCUUGGAAUUUGACUGAUAACGAUGAGUGUGCUAGGACAGGCCAAACACACUUAGGUACCAAGAUUGAUAUAGAGGUUAUUCCAGAGGACGUUAUCAGGAGGAUACAAGUGUUUUACGUUUGUGCUCAUUGUGGAAAAGUGUAUUGGGAGGGUUCGCAUUUGAGCAGGACAGUUGAUCGCUAUAAAGCUGCUGGCACUGUUAAACUUGAGGUUAAAGCGGAGCAACUGGGUGGUGUUUAUGAUACGGAUUUUGUUUGAAAUUAGACAAUGGUUGCUGUACAUGUACACCAGUUCUAUUUACACAUGAAAAAUUAAUGCACCAUUUUGUUGUGGACAAAGAGACCUAAGAAAGUACAUUAUGUUGCUAUACAAUGGUUUCUCCUGUUAUAAUAGUUUAGAGUAAUAAUAAUAUCAGUUUUGCACUAAGAUUUUAAUUUAAUAAAAGGAUUGGGACCAAUUUUCCCUCAAUUGUAAGCAUUACAAUGCAGUAUGAAAAAUAAAUAAUCUAUUCUUUGACAAGUUAA